AUGGCCAAGCUCAACACUCUCCUAGCCGUUGCGGCCGGAGCUACCGUAUGGGCUGCUCACCACGUGGCGGGUAGUAGCUCCCCCGGUGGUAAUGAUCUACAGAACCUAAAGCAGCAAUUGUCGAGUUGUGCCAGCGUGUAUUACCCUGGUUCCACGGGCUUCGAGAAUGCAACUACCCGAUGGUCUGUACUGGACGAGCCCAAAGUCAAUGUGGUUGUGUCCCCUUGCACGGAGAAUGAUGUUGCUGAGGCUGUCAAAUAUGCCAAUAAGCAGGGCCUGCCCUUCCUUGUAUACAAUGGUGUGCAUGGCGCCCUGGUAUCCUUGGGCAAAAUGACCCACGGGGUCGGGAUCGCCAUGAACCAACUCAGCAGCGUUCAAGUCGCCGAGGACGGAAAGACCGCCACCAUGGGCGGUGGUACCAUGUCCAAGGUUGUCACCGAUAAGCUUUGGGCCGCAGGGAAGCAAACCGUGACGGGGACCUGCGAGUGCGUCAGUCUCCUAGGGCCUGCACUCGGCGGUGGUCACGGUUGGCUUCAGGGCCACCACGGUCUCGUGGCCGAUCAGUUCGUCUCGAUGAACGUCGUGCUUGCCAAUGGCACCUUGACGACGAUCGACUCCAACUCCGACCUCUUUUGGGCGAUGAAGGGUGCCGGUCACAACUUCGGCAUCGUGACCUCCCUCACCUCUAAGAUCUACGAUAUUGAGCAUACCGACUGGGCCAUCGAGACCAUCAUCUUCAGCGGAGACAAGGUUGAGGCCGUUUACCAGGCCGCCAAUGACUACCUGGUGAAGAACGGCACCCAGCCCGCCGAUGUCUCUAACUGGUCUUACUGGAUGAACAACCCCGAUGCCGACCCUCACAAUCCGGUCAUUGUCUUCUACAUCAUUCAAGAGGGCGUCCAGGCUGUCGAUCCCGUCUACACUGAGCCUUUCCACAAUUUGGGUCCCAUCUCGGUCACCCCCCAGUCCGGCACAUACAAAGACCUCGCGAACUGGACCGGCAUCGCCCUGGAGUCUCCUCCUUGUCAGAAGGUGGGCAUGGCGAACCCUCGUUUCCCCAUCUACCUGGAGAGCUACAAUAUCACCGCCCAAAAGAAAGCCUGGGAUCUCUAUGCCCCCGCGGUGCGCGGCAGCUCCCCUUUCAAUAACUCCAUUUUCAUGUUCGAGGGCUACCCCGUAGAGGGCGUCCACGAUGUCGCGGCCUCCUCUAGUGCUUUUGCUUUCCGCUCUGAGAACCUCCUCGCCGCUCCUUUGAUCAACUAUAUCCCUGCCGGUGACUUGGCUGAGGAAGCUGCUCAGCUGGGUAAUCAGCUCCGUGAUACCCUUUGGGCUGCUACUGGCCGUAAGGACUUCCGAGCCUACAUCAACUACGCCUAUGGCAAUGAAACAUUUGAGCAGAUUUACGGCGCUGAAAAGUGGCGCCAGGAUCGUCUGCACUUCCUGAAGAAGAAGUAUGAUCCGGAAAACAAAUUCGGCUUCUAUGCUCCUAUAGUGUAG